AAACAAACUCUUCAGCUUUAUAUAUUAGUAUAGAUAUAGAAGUAUAGAUAAUUAUACGUAUUAAUAGUCCUUGAACGUGAGUUAUUUACCCCGAUGCAAUAAGAGGGGUGUUAUAAAUUUGACGUCUCUUGUCGACGUGCGGAUUCUCUGCAAAGUGCAAAGGGUCACCCAAUGUCAGUGAAAAACAAAAUAAAUAUUCUUUAUCUAAAAUGCUUUAGGGAAAUAACCGAAGUUGAUAAUGAUCAACAAGUAUAAGCUUAUUGUCAGGUGUGCCGUAUCACUUUAUCGUAUCAGUUUGGUACCUACCUAUCGCAUAUUCGUAUUUAAACGUAGUAACGUUACAGACAACUUCGAAAAUAUAUCCUAAAAGCUAAAAUAUAGCUAGUUGAGACGAAGCCUGACGGAGUACUGAAAUAUUCCAUGAAGUUUGGAAUGGUGAGCUACGGAAUAGCUUCUAUCAAAUAUGGUUUGUUGACUCGACGGUCAAGGGAGCAAAAUAAAGGGUUUUCAGCUCCUAUUAUUUCGGCGAAAUGUUUUCAUAACGGUAAUUGCUGAGAAUCUGUUCUUGUAGAUUAUUUACGAGUUUAACGUGUAAAUAUUUACGAAAGCAAGCUAUGUGCCGUAAUAAACAUGAAUUGGGCGUAUUUCGUAAAUCUCAUUGUGGAUGAGUCUAGACGAUCGGUUAACGCCGCAGCCGGCGCGAGCGCCGCCACAUCUCCGUUUAAAUUUAGAAGCGAGUGACAAAAUUUUCUUGCGCGCGUAAUCCAUUGAGAUAGUCAACAAAUUCUUAGUUUUAUAACAGACUUCAAAGUGUAAGCAUAGAUAGUGGUCAUUGUUUUAACUGGUCGACAAACAAUAUAGUAUUUAUUACGUAGUGUUAAGGUAUACAGUGCGAUGGCAGGGCUGAGGAAGGGAACGAUUCGGAAAAGUGCAAGUUGUCAAGUGUAUAGCUAUAACGCACUCUUGAGUUCAAGUAGUAGUGAUACAUCGACGGCUACUAGCAGUGCAUCAGGCAACUCUGACACACCACUCAGAAGGUUCAAUCGUCUACUUCGGACUUCGGUGGCGAGACAUUGGUCCUACUUCAGGAAAGACAGGUCGACACUCAGGUCUAGAGGACGAUCCGUGUCUGACACUGGACUCUGUAGCAUCAUUGAUAAUGAUCCAGAGUUGGCAUACCUGGACAUCGACGCGGUAUGUCCGCGGCGGUCGCUGCAGGGGUUUGGCAGCGACUCAAGUCCAGUGCCCGAACUUUACAUCACGUCGGCGGGUGGGUCGAGCAGCGUCGGUGCGGAGGAGGCAAGUGACGGCAGCGACGCUGAGCGGCCUCGCAGAGGACAUCACCUGCGUGUCCCCACACCGGCCUUCCCGGGGCAGUGAGUACUACAUCUCCUUCUAUAACUGCCUCUGACAAGUGCUAUCAGCUGUUGGAAUCUCCCUCUAAUCAAGAUAUACCUUCGUACCUCCUCAAAAGUAUUUGAAAUCUUAAAGCAAUUAUAUUUUAAAUCGCUAACUACAGUAAGUCAGUUCUAUCGUAAUCAAUGCUCAUUUGUUUUGCUUCGUGAGUAAAUGUCGUUUGCCUUGUUCUAGGAGUGUUGUAAACUUAACAACGCGACGUGUAAUUGUAUAAGCUUGUCGAGCCGCCAAAAUUAAGAAUCCUGUCGUUCUAGGUGUAUUAUGUUUCGAUGAGGUGCUGUUACACAAUAAGUCUUUCAAUGAUUACCAAGCUUCUUUACCAUUCUAAAUAUUGUGAAAGUAUAGAUGCAAACUGUAGAAUCUCAGUCCUCGUAUUGCGCUACGCUAUAUACAACUAUGUAAUUAUCGUACACACCAUCACGUUCAUAAUUCUGCAUUUUAAUAAUACUUGGGCCAUUAACAGAAAAGAUUGUUUCCACAAUGCUUAUAUGGAGUGACGUAACAAUGUUUUACGUGCCUAGAUUACCUACGUGCCAAUGAAUUUUAAAAUCUCUUGUUGCAAACACGCAAAUGCCUUCCGUGGCUGUUCCCCUCGUAUCAAAUCAGUCGUGAAAUCAAUUAUACAUAGAUGCUUGCUGGCUAUGCUGAACCAAGUUUUCUUUCAUUGACCUUCGUUGAAACUAGACAUUUCUAUCUAACUCUAUCGUAAGUCCUAACAUUAUUUCUCAUGGAGAAUUUGAAUUUUUUUUGCUCCUUCGGUAACUUAAAUUCGUAUGUGGGCACUAGAGCUGUGAGAUUCUACGUUCAGGAGGAAAACAAGACAACGGUGAGGCUUUCUUUCGCAAAAUUUGACUUCGAAUAUUUAGUUGCUGUUUUUGUCUCACAAAACUGCGUAAAACAUAAAGCGAUCGCAAUAAAUUAACUAUACAAAUGAUAGUUUCCAAGGUUUUGUUAGAAAUAUUAAAUGAAACGUCGUCAGUUGAAAUCUAAACAAAAAAACGACUGUCGUGAACAUCGUUCCGCGAUAAAAUUGACGACGUUUUUAACCUAAGUCACAUCAAAUCAGUCAUCACAUAAUUUAAAUAAAUACAAUACGUAUUUACACAUUUACCACCGUAUCUUAAAACGUAAAUAUGAAACAGAAACCGAGAUAAGGCUAGAGCGUUCAUUUAGUUUUGUACCUGUUGUUAUCGUAUUUUGAUCGUGUAAUGCAACUGUACGUUAAAUUUUGCUAAUUGGAAUAAUAUAUUCUGAAACAAUGUUAUGUAGUAAAUGUGGAAUCGUGGUGUUGUGAAGUUUAUGUGCGAAGUGACAGCUGUAAUGGAAACUAUUGAUGAGAAGAAAAGUGUCAAAGUACGAUGGGCUUUACGUAGAGAUAGUUUGCCCUUAGCUCAUAUAAGGCAGGCUUUUCUGAAGGGAAAGCGAAGUAUCUCCCCAGACGCUUUGCUCUGGCGUCGGCGGUAAGUCUCAUACCGAAAUAUCGUACGAUUUAGUUUAAAAUAAUAUUUAUCAGGCGGUAACAUGUGUUGUGGGCGUUUUACCAGACAGAUUUAUUUUUAAAUGGCUAUUAAAUUUCAAUAUUGUCUUUUGUCGUGCCAGCAUCGAGUUUUUUGUGGAAUACAUUUUUACUAAAGGUUUCGUGUAACAGCGUUCGUGGUUACCAGCUAUCGACUCGUCUCUAUUAAUUUCAAUUGACUCCAUAAGUAACGUGUAUCGUAUUGUAACUUAGAGUUAUUACUUUUUGGAAUCAAGGCUUUCAAUAACCAUAAACUAUAAUGUGAACUGUUACCAUAAUUUCCAAUCAAACGAAAGUAUAACGAAAUGUUGAAUAUGUUGAUUAUUAUCGAAAUUAAUAUACCUUAUUGAAGUUUAUGUAUGUUGAGCUUUUUCGAGAUCUUACAAAUAAUUUUGACAGCUCUGUAAUUAAAUUGGUUUACAUGGCCUUGUGUAGGUAUAUUAUGUGUUAAUACAUAAUACUAACUGUUAUCGCAGUACAAAACAAUAAAGCUUACAAUGUAGUGAACAUUGUAUCAUAAGUGUUAUCAUCGAGAGGGUAUCAGUUGUACAGGGAUUAUCAGAGGCAUCAUAGUUUGACCUUUCCUGUGAUGUUACAAAAUUGAUCACGCUUGAUUUAGCAUUGGAAGUUCACAAUGGACAGAGUUUCAUGACCUAGGCGGUGCAUCCAUGCAGAAUGUGAUGCACGUGUUCGGAAUAAUCGAGAUUAUGUUGUAUGAACUCUAAAUGGAUAAUGUUGCUUUUAGUAAGUGGUUUUAAUAAUUCUGGGAAUUUUGUAAGUUCAGUGUUAUUGUGGGUGAAUUUCAUUUAGCUGGUAGGUAUUUUAGUUGUAAUUUAGCCUAAAUGACAGUUCAAAUAGAAGCAUUAAAGAAAAAAAUACGGGAAAUGAGGAUUUGUGACUAUUUAAUACUAUCCCUUAUUCACCUGCCUGUGAUGAACUUACACAUAUGUAUAUUUAAUACAUGUACUUUUCAUACAUGGAGUUUUAAAUAUUUUAAUUUAUUUGUUUAAUAUUUGUCUCUUUGUUUCGAAUGUAGAACAACUCUAAUUCCUGUACAAAAUAUUAAGCCUCAAUCGUUUUGCCGAAUAAAAAAAUACUGUUUAAAUUCGGAUCCUCGGAAUCUCCUUGAUUGUUUCAGCAACUUGGCAAGAGACUAUUCACUUGGACUUUUUAACAACAGUUCCUUUUGUCAGACUUAACUACAAGUCGCUCUCAUUGAAAUCUCGUUUACAUAAUUGUGGUUAAAGUGAAAAGCAUGAUCUAAUUACACUUUUACGUAGCGAAAGUGACAUAACGUGAAACCGGUGUAGGUACUACAACAUAUGACGAACAGAUGUUUAAAAGAAUUUAUAGAGAAAAGAUCUCGUAUCUAAUGGAAUAAUAUUUACAAUUUCAGUACAUUUCGCUUACGUAGUUUUAUGUUAAAAUAUUAUGGAUUUACAAAUGUGGUUGUCACCACUUCUUUGCGGAAGAUGAUAGCGAGUGUGGGAGGGAGAUGGCGGACUAUGUGCUAUAGCGGUGUCACGAUUUCACAAUUACAAUGGUACUAUUUAAAGAGGCUUUCAGAGUUUUUCUUGAAUUAUUUCCACCUAGUUAAACUUAGGUAAUAGGUAAUAGCCAAGAGUUGCUUAGGUAUCUACACAAGUGUAAAAAUAUUAUUGAUCAAAGAAUUUAUACGCGACACGUGCUGAAGGCGUCUUAUUGAAUUAGGUGUCAGCCCGAGUUCGUUGUAAUGUCAAGAGUUUUAUAUUUUCAUCUGAAUUCAAUUCUUCGUAUCGUGAUUACAUACAGAGCUAUUUCUUCUAGAUAUUUAUAUGUAUUUAAAUUUUUAUCUACGAUUAUCUCAUUUGAGUAAGAUACCCUAAAAAGGCAGUCACGACUAAGUUAUUUCAGAAACUAUUUUCAACCUAUUUAUUAUCUUCAUAAACAGUAAAUACCAUCAUUGUUUUAUUGGAAAAGUCCGUUCUAUUUCCAAUGGGCACUCGCAUUAAGGCUGGGACACGCCUUGGCGAUAAGAUGACCUACUGCCUAGUAACGAGGUUAAAUUUCCUGUGGACAUUAGUAAAGGAUUGCGUGCUAUACUGGCAAUACUGGCAAAAACGGGCUAUGCGAAAAAAUAGAUAUUAUAAUUAAGAAGAAAAAUAAUGGUUCGAAAAUUUCGAAUAUUCUUGAAUAAGGCUUCUGCCUUAAAGGCCAGUGCUCUCUUAUUCAGCUUAUGUAUGUCAGCUAUUUUGCUUACUAAACAAACAUAUUGUAUUUGUUUUAAGAGGAAAAAAAUAUGGACUGGCUAUGUAUGACUGUGUAGUAGUUAGUUAAAAGAAUGACAAUAGGAAUUCAUUUUUUUAACCUGACCUGGCAAAACACGAGUACUGAAUGAAUGAAGUAUGGAAUGAACAGCGAAAUAUUUAAACAAUUCCUAAAUUAAAGUUUUUGUAACUCAAAGGACUGGACCGAUUUCAAUAAAAUUUGACAUGGAGGUGGCUGAAAUUUUGGAAAAAAAAGUCUAAACAACAUCCAGGCGGAUGAACCCUCGAUGCAACAACUAGACUCUACUGGGGUCUAUUGCAACACGUAACACAUUGUAAUACACAAUGUACUGAAAACUAAGGAUUCUUAGCAAAUUAUGAGUAACGUGUGACCUUAAGGCUAAGCCUAGCUGACGUUGUGUUUAAUUUUAACUGGUUAUUACAUAUAAAUGACGCCUUUCCUCUUACAUAAGGUUUCCGCCUCGGUUGCCCACGAAGGUUACUAGAUAAGUUAAUAACUGUUAAGUUAUUUUUUUGGCAUUGAACUUUAUUAACUUUGUGUUUUGUUGAUGUUUUAAUAAACAGUCUUUUUUUAAACUAGGCUUUUGGUAGCAUACAUACGUAUCGACCACCUUGUUAAUCUCAGCAAGAGUAGGUAAUUCAAUUUUUAAUAUUCAAAUCAGCAAAUGUAGGAAGUCUUAAUUAAGUAAAAGGAAAAGUAUGUACCGAACUGAAUUAAAAUUUAAAAACAUUGGAACUACUACAAAUAACCUCGUAGGAACAUGUGUCUGAACAUAGUAAAUCUAAACAUAUUAACAUUAGACACACCUUUUGCCUCGUUAAGGAAUAAUUUUCCAUGAGUUAUGUGUAGCAAGUGCCAGUGGAAAAUAACUUGCAUGGAGGCUACACUUGACCUAAUGAGGUUGCGGUUAGUCAUUGAACUUUAUGGUGCAUUUUAUCACUGCGAACCUUUUUGCAGACUUUUUUUCUCUUUCUUUUUUUUAGUAAGAAAGUAGUUAUGAUAUUCGAAAUACGUAUUGUAAAAAUUAACACCUCGCUAGGAAUCGAAUAAGGUACCGACUGGUUAUAACAAGGAUUUGAGUCGUCAAUACGAAUGCUGUUAAAAAGUAAUGUUAGAAUUUUAAUUCGGUGAAGUGGCGAGGGCUAAGACUAAAGGCAUAGAUCUAUUUAAAAAUCGAAUAAAUACGGUUUAGAUUUGAUAUUUUUAAUGGUGUUUUGGUGUUUUAAAUUAAACGUGUACUUAGCUCUUUAAAAAAUAGCUCUAUCUGUUCUUUCUUCUUCUAAUAUAUAAAAUUCCCGUGUCACGAUGUUAGUUACCGUACUCCU